UUAAACAGAAAAAAAGGGAAGAUGAACAAGAGAGAGAGAAAGGAGCCGCACUAGACCCGAACCCGAGCCGACCAACUUCGUCCCCGCCGCUCCUCCGACCCCCAAGCAGCCCCGCUCCGUCCUGCCGCUCGAUGGCGGCGGCGCCGUACCACCAACCGACGAGCCUGGAGGAGGUCCGGACGCUGUGGAUCGGCGACCUCCAGUAUUGGACCGACGAGAACUACCUCUACGGCUGCUUCGCCCACACCGGCGAGGUACAAUCUGUUAAAAUAAUACGCAACAAACUAACAAGCCUUCCAGAGGGUUAUGGUUUCAUAGAAUUCAUUUCGCAUGAAGCUGCUGAGAAAGUUCUACAGACUUACAAUGGCACACAGAUGCCUGGAACCGAGCAUACGUUCAGAUUGAACUGGGCCUCUUUCGGCUCUGGUGAGAGGCGUCCCGAUGCAGGACCUGAUCAUUCGAUUUUCGUAGGGGACCUGGCACCUGAUGUCACAGAUUACUUACUACAGGAGACUUUCCGGGUGAACUAUCAAUCUGUUAGAGGGGCUAAGGUUGUCACAGAUCCAAAUACUGGGAGAUCCAAAGGAUACGGAUUUGUAAAAUUCGCAGAUGAAAAUGAAAAGAAUCGUGCAAUGACAGAAAUGAAUGGUGUGUACUGCUCAACAAGACCUAUGCGGAUAAGUGCUGCAAUACCUAAGAAAUCCACUGGCUCACAGCUUCAAUAUCCAGCUGCUAAAGCGAUGUAUCCAGCAACAACUUAUGCAGUUCCUCAGCUUCAGACAGUUUUACCUGAUAGUGAUCUUACAAACACUACUAUAUUUAUCGGUAACUUGGACCCGAAUGUGACAGAAGAUGAGCUGAGGCAGAUAUGCGUGCAAUUUGGGGAGCUUAUAUAUGUGAAAAUUCCAGUUGGUAAAGGAUGUGGAUUUGUACAAUACGCUUCUAGGGCAUCAGCUGAAGAGGCAGUACAACGUCUUCAUGGCACAGUGAUUGGCCAACAAGUAGUUCGGCUUUCAUGGGGCAGAAGUCCUGCAAGUAAGCAGCAGGAUCCAUCAGUUGUCUGGAGUCAGCAAGCAGAUCCGAAUCAGUGGUCAAGCACUUACUAUGGCUAUGGGUACGAUGCAUAUGGAUAUGCUCAGGACCCGUCAUAUGCAUAUGGUGCUUAUGCAGGAUAUAGCCAGUAUCCCCAACAGGUUGAGGGAACUGGGGACGCCUCAUCUGUUGCUGGUAGGCAUCCAGGCAUGGAACAGAAAGAGGAGGCGUAUGAUCCGAUGAACAUACCUGAUGUUGACAAGCUGAAUGCUUCAUACAUGGCUGUGCAUGGUAGAGCCAUGGUAGGGCGGUCCUUGUGGUUGAAGACAAACCCGUUGCCCCAGCCGACUUGAGUAUCCAUCCAUCGUUUGUUGUUGCCUUCUCUUUGAAGACUGCAACGCCGAUAGACGCAGCUGGGUUUCCUUGCAGAUGAUUUUAUUGCCCAUUCCCAGUGGACGGUACUACCAUAGUAAUCAAUCAUCUAAACGGAGACACUGGCAGGCUGAUUGACGACUUAAUGUAUGUUUGAGGACAUCACAUGUAUACCUAGCAUGUCUUUUUCUAGGCUUCUUAGUAUUAUCAAGAUAAUGUUACGAGGCUUUGCGAUGAAAGACAUCCAUGUAGUUCCGUUUUU